CCUGAUAAAGGUCUUUGCAGACCCCUCCAUCAAGCUGCAAUGUUGCUCGGGCUUCAUCAUCCCUCAUCGGCUUUCGCUCAUGCGCCUCUUUAACCUUUGACUCUGUUGCUCGAUCGUUCUUUUCGAGGUUGACGGGAUCCUGCUCUUGCUUCUUACUGGAAGCUAGACUAUACACAGCAGCCUUCUUUUGUCUCUGGUUAAAGACGUUGUCAACUCUUUACUCGAUACUCGUGACUCCGGGGAAGUCCUAGAAGUCCGAGGGUCUUUUUCUUCGGUUCAUUUACAAUGGACUCAACGCCUUGCAGACCCGGGUUUCCUGUGUGGACUCCACCAUUUCGUGUACCGAACUUUUCUCUGCCUCGAAAAUUCCCAGCAUUGCCCGGUACAAUAGAUUCCAGAGAGUCACUUAAUACGAGACCGAUAUCGACAAUACCAAUCUCAAACGAACGUCCUUCUACGCAUCUCAAAGCUUCAUCUAACAAGCGCAAGAGACAACAUGGUGCCAAGCCAGGAGAGAACAGUUGCGGUAUCAAGAAGCAGAAGCUCAUUGGUCGCCCGAGGAACAGUUGGACCAAAUCACGCUUACGGAAGCUGGUUCGACUAUAUCUGAUGACCGACUUGAGUGUGCAAGACAUUGCAAUUGUACUUCGAGCCAAGGACUUUUCACCUAGUAAGAGGGACACUCAGAAGCAGAUCAAAUGGCAUUUUCCAGGACGAGAUCCACGUCAAUUUCGCGACCAGUGGAAUAUGCCUAAGAUCAGGCUUCAACUCGCUAGAGAGUGCCGUGCGAAAAAGUCUGCCAGAAGCACAUCUCUGCUUCGUGAGAGGAAAAGUCGGUCACCUAUGGACGAUGAAUUAACAUCAUUCCAUGAGAGUGAUGGCACGUAUGGACAAGGCUUGAACCCGGAGUUGCUCAAUCUACCCGGCUCUAUAGACGAGUCUUUGCCUUCCGAAGCCUCGACAGAUGCCAAUGACAUCUCCCUCGAAAAAUGUACUUUCACGGAUUACAAUAUUCGUAUGGUGGAAGAAGCUUCGAACGUUCGACCAUCGAUAUCAGAUACGACCAGUGAUGGCUGCUCGCCUUCAAUCUCCAAAAUCCCAUCAUUGGUUUCCAGUCACGCUUCCACUCGUUCUACUGGGUCCUCGAGCCACGCGAAUGGAUCCCCUUCUCCUGAGCACCUUGAUCAUUCCGAGAAAUCUUUGUCGAUGAUAGAUGUCGCUGAAAGUGCUGACACUAUUCUUAAGCCAGACUUGGAGACUGGACAACAAGAAACUGUGCCCGCCACGACUGCCACACCUCUCAGUUUACCAAACUUGAGAUUCUUUCCUGCUGCUGAAAAACACCCAGCCUCAAUACCGGAGUCCCACGAGCUAAGUAUCCAUAGUAUAGGGGGACUGAGAAGACGCUUGCCCGGCAAGACCGAUUCGGUCCUCGGUGAUGUAUGGUCGGCUUUUCAAAACCUCACAAUCUCUGGAGCCUCAACACGGUCUCACACAAGUUGGGCGGGCAGAGUGGUUUCCACCAUCUCUACCUCGGUUUCUGGACUAAGUCAUAGUGACAGGCAUCUUCAUGAUGUUGAUGAGAAUGAGGAGUCAACUUUUACUCCUCUGGGUAUCGAACCACGCCUCCCUCUUCCUGGCGAUUUCGCGGCCGACUCUUUGUACAAGGCUUAUUACAUAGGGCAACGACGGUAUCGACGCAAAUGGGGUGAGUUCGAAAAGCGACCUAGGAUCCUGAAGGACUCGCAUAGCGUAAGGUCCAUAGCAAAGCUAGUAUUGUCCAUUCAUACGCAUACACUUGAGGUGCAGCUUCUGGAUCCCCAACGCAAGGAUCUGUUCGGAAACACAGCAUUGCACAUCGCAGCUGCCUUGCAACGUCUCGCUAUGUUUCAUCCAUUGAUUCGUCAUGGUGUCAAUGUGCAUGCAGAGAACAGUGCCAAUGAGACUUUAUUGCAUCUUGUAGACGAUUUCGAUGAGUAUGAAUAUUCUAUUCUAAGCACGCUGAAAACUGCUGAGUAUGAUUUCAAUCAACGCAACUGCCUUGGUCAAACAGCUCUGCAUCAGCUCAUGCAAGGCUGGAUGGGUGAGUUGAGGUUGCGAGGAAUCUUAGCUGCACUCGCCAUCUUCAAGAUACCUCUUCCCUCGUCAAGAGAUAGCUUUGGCAACACCAUCAUGUCGCAAUUGGAAGAAGCUGGUAUCGACAAGUACACGAUCCGAAUCUCCCUGUCCGAAAGGGAUGAUCGCCCUCAGAAGGAGACAUGGGAUUUGACUGAGAUGGCUGGCUUACAAAGACCACGCGUACCAGAGAAUCAAACAGCACCUGUGAUGCCAAACUAUGGAGACCAGGUCAGCAUCACGACGAUGGAGGAGCUGUGCCUUUAUGACCACCACAGAGCCCUGUUGAAAACCAUCGUAAAGGCAUAUUCGAGUCCUCGGCACGAGGACAAUGAUGGCCGCAACGGGCUGCACUGCCUAGCAGAAGUCUCCCUGACAUUGCCUAUUCAGUGCGAAAUCCCUAACUAUGCAACAGCAUGCGAUGGACUCGCUUUCAGAACACGCCGUGAAGGGCUAUUGUAUGGUCUUGUCCACGUUGGAGUUGAUCCGGACAACCAUGAUAAGGAGGGACUUACGCCUCUCAUGGCUUUCAUCAUCCAUACAAGGGACGGCGAGGACGAGGACGCUACGGAAAGACUCCUUUCUCAGCUAUGUGAGGCUGGAGUAAAUGUGAAUCGUCGGAAUCGAAGCGGCGAAACACCAUUGCACAUGGCUGUCAAGCUUGGUAAGCGCACAGUAACGAAGUUUCUUCUCGAAAAUAAAGCAAACGUGCAUGCUCGCGAUAUUUCAGGAACUGGUAUCAUUGCCUCUGGCUUAGAACAGAGCAGGAAAUCCACUGAUGGAGCGCUGCUAGCGCAGAUCUUGCUUUGUGUAGAUCUUGUGAAAAAGGCUGGGGGUGUCGCAAGUCCUACUUUCUAUCAAGAAUGGGCUGUUGAUGAAUCAGGGUCGAACUCCAAAGCUCGGCGCCGAAUCUCGCUCCCGAGACUGGCUCUGCGAACAUAAGGAGAUUCAGGAGAGAAUUGACGUAUACAUAAUGUAAU